AUGAAUCCCUACGAAACUGGCGUGGCUUUUUCUGGUGGUGGCAUACGGUCAGCGGCACUAUGCUCUGGAGUCCUGCGUAGACUGCUCCAGGUUAGAGCAAAAAUAGACUACCUGAGCUGCGUGUCAGGGGGUGGUUACACAGGCACGGCAUUUUUGGAUUGGAAAUACAGGAACGAGAAGAAAGCAAAGGGCAACGAAGAAUGGCAUGAAGAGUUCUUCAACAACAUGCGACAAAGAGCAGGUUACUUUUGUAACUGGGAGAAGCCAUGUCGAGGAAUCCUUGAUACGAUUAUGAUGUUCUUUCUACUGCUUACUGUCACCAUUAUCGAACCGAUUGUCAUAUAUGGAUCAUACGCAUUUCCACUUGCCUUCAUUAUCGAUGACCUCUUCGGAAAGUUACUUCGCGCCAAAGUGGAUUGUGAUCACGCUACAGUAGCCCCUUCUGCAAGUAACCACAACGUUACGGCUCAAGAAAGCCGCGAGCACUGUCUUUCUCGUCAAGGAACCGUUCCUGUUGCUAAGACUAUCCUGUUUUCAGUUCUGUUGGCGCUCUAUGUCACUUUUUACAUUCUGUCACAAAAGUUGUCUGACAUGAAGUCUAAAUAUUUCAGACUUUUUGCGACAAUUUUCUUUUUGUUUUUCUGUUUUACUUUCCUCCCAUUUGCAAUAAAUGAUUUCUUCAUUGAAAUCCCUCUUUGGAGUCGGGCGAUUAUUGUGGUGAUUGGUGUGGUACUAUGGUUCGUCCUUCCUAUACUCCGGGACAAAACGUCCUACGGCAUUAUAAUUUAUCUCUAUUCUUACAUCAUCUACUGGAGAGUGUACGAAGCCGAGGUUGUUUGUGUUGGGUAUUCUGAUGGACUGUUUAAUAAGCUGCUCUUUGCCUCUGGGUGUGUCUUGUGGUCUGUGCCAUAUUUGAGACAAUCACGCGAGAGGCUCGUCCAUGUCUUUAACAGGUGAGGAAUGGGUCGUUAUUUAUGGGGGAGGGGGGAGGGGAAGAGGUGGGGGGAUGGAAGGACUUUGGAUGUGUCACGAUAAAGUUUACCUCAUCUCCCUGAAAGGCUACGUAAUAUUCUUAUCCCCCCCCCCUUCAUUAGCAUUUCACUGGCAGUCAGCUGUAUAUGUCAGCUUGAUACUCUGUUGGCGAUGACUGAUCCCUCUUACUUCUUUCUGAAAACCAUGCGAUUCCUCCCACUCACUUAACCACAUGAACUGUUCUAAUUUGCAGAUGGAAACUUCGUAAGGCCUUUUACUCAGAAGAAAGUUCAAGAACAAGGGGAUGCCUUGAGAUACUCCAAGAUAUCUUCUGCCCCCUGUGGACAUGUCUGCUGAAGAACCGAAGACAAAGGUCCAAACAGCACACAGACCAACAGAUGGACAUCCUUAGCGAUGAUGAAGAGAGAUGUAAUGAUGAGCCACCCGAGACAAGACCCUUGAACCUUUCCGACCUCCGUGGCACGGAACCUGAGUUAAUAUCAAACACGACCGUCCACAAUUGGGAGAAAAAUGCCAGGUCUGACAGAGAUUAUGACAUACUGACAAUGUCGCCUAAAGCAAUUGAGCGCUUAGACCGAGAUCCAUCGAAAGUCAAUCGGUUUGAAGGUAAGCUGGAUCCUCGAGAUGUGGAAUUAGAUGACGCCAUGGCCACGUCUGCGGCAGCAAUUUCAGGGUAUGACGAUGCUCUACAAGUGAUGCGUCUUUCUACGAUUUUGGGAUUUGAAAUGGGGGCUUCGAUGGUCAGUGACAUGAAGGCGGUUAAAGAAGAGUCCUGUAUAAUGAAGGUGAGAAUCUUUUCGGGAUACUUGAUGCUAAAGGUCUAAAAGUAGAGCUAUCUUCAAUUGUGUCGAAAAUAAUGCGGGAUUUCUUUGCUUCUGCUUUACUUUGCCAUGUAACUGGUCUGGAAAACUCGCGCCAUCCUCGCUCUCGACCAAUCAGAGUUAAAUACUGAAACCAAACACAGCUUGGCCACUUGUGAUUCCCACGCUUUUUGCAUUUUUCCUUUCCUCCGAUUGGCUUUCGUGAAUCUUUUGGUCCUGGUUUUACGGCACUCGAUCGAAAAGCGCUCAAACUUGAGAAUGAUUGUUGUUGGAAUAAAAUCCAAAUGGAGUCAGUGUUAUAGGUUGAUUCUCUCUGGGAAAGUAUGAAAUCAGUUUGCUACUCUCAUUACGCUCCAAGUUAGUGUUUUCUCUUUUAUGGGGAUUCAUCAACGCGAUCAAAAUGAUUAGAUAACCAAAUAAUGCAGCACAAUUUCUUAUUCAUUUAUGUCUUUUUAACAGCCUCUGCCUCUUCUUAUAAACUUUCUCCGGGGUCUUCCGUUGAUCGCUGUGCCAGCGGUCUAUUUCACUGUCGGCGGUGAAAGGUUAAUUGAGGUUGGAGUAAUUGUAUUCUUCGUAAUUCACCUGAUUCUGGCCUUCAUCGGAGCUUUCGCCGACACAGGAGCUGUGAUACCAAAGUCAUGGGAGAAGAUAGCCAGGUCAGUAUUGUGUAAAUUAGUGCACAUAUCACUGACUGAAUGUCUUAAUAAUGGUAAUUGAACUGAGUGGAGUGAGUGGUAAUCACAUGAUUUCGAGUGUAAUUUGGAAUAUAUAAGCACGAGUAAUUAUUUUAAAGACUAACAAAAUUGCACUCGCCCCACGGGCUCGUGCAAUUUGUGGUCUUUGAAAAAAUUAACAAGUGCUUGUUUAUUCCAAAUUGCACGAGAAAAAUCAUGCGAUUACGUGUUAAUAAUAUAAAUAAUAAAAUACGAGAUAGGUUAUCAUAAGUAAGCAUAAGCAAAGCGCGCGAAUCAAGUGCAAAAAUAAUUUAUUCAAACCGGUCAAAAAAACCGCCUACGAUUAAAACAAUCAUAUGCAGUGAUAUCCUCACAUCUUUAAGGGGCAAAAAAGUUCAAAGUCAAUUGUUCAGUCUGUGUCCGAAUCACUCUCGAUGAAAUGGAAUCGUCGUUUCCGAGGUUUAACCAUGCUUGUUUUUUCAUUUCGGCGUUGGAUCGCUCGAGCAAAGUGUUAAGCUGGGUUGGCUCGUAAUUUUCGAUUUCCUUGGCAAUUCCCUUCUCUAAACACCGCUUUUUCCAAACCGACAACCAAAAAGCAGUGCUUUUUACAAUUUUUUCGUUGUUUGAGCUGUUUUUCAGCCGCGGUGGCGAAAGAAAACCUACUUAGAACGUCUGCUAUUGUUCCGCUCGCAAAUUUUCAAAUUUUCAAAUUUUGCUGCGACAUCCAAGGCUCGCAUUUGAUUGCUAUCUGUGAGUUUCUUUGAUUAUUGACCAAUAAGAAUGUCUGGUUUGUUACUUUCUUUGCACUAAAUUAACCCUCUUCUACACUGAAUUAGCUCUCUUCUGCUCUGAAUUACCUGAAAACUGCAUUUAUCUUAAUCAAUCAGGACUGAAUAAUUUUUCAUGUAUAUUAUUAGGUCUGAAAUCAUACGCGUGAUUCCAAAUCGAACGAGCGCACGUAUAAUUUCAGAUCAAAAUUGCGCGAUACGGAGUUCAAUUUCCACUUAAGUACAAACCUUUGGAAAUCACAGAAUUCAGUCGUUGCAAAACGAGGCACGAUAGUAAACACCGCAAUAAUAGCGAAGUAGAGAAAAAACGAGCGAGGCUUGGGUCGGGUCGCGUAAAGAACUCUGAGAAACCGGCCCAAGCCUCUCUCGGUUUUGCUCCGCCACAACUUUCGCGCCGUUUUCUAGUUCGCUCCAUUUUACUAACCGAAUGGCAGGAACAGGCCAGAAGAAAUUAAAUGUUCGAAGGAGUUAAUGAGGACCGAAAUUGAAAUAAGUAAAAGCGUACAAACCAUGCGAAGCGUCAGAAAACGUGGGUAUAUAUGACGCAUGUAGUUCAAGCACUUAUUACCUUUAGAGAGGAUGGUGUGAAUCUUCCAGACCAUUGACGUAUGUUGGUGAAGCAAAACAUUUGGUUCGGAUUGCUCUCCUCCCACUAAACGUACAAUAACAAACACUGAAAAGUCCUAAGAGCAGGGUUGUUCAAAGCACGAUUAAGCUAACCGAGGGUUGGCCAACAGUUUUUUAUUUUGUUUUGCUGCCUUGCAGGCAGUUUUUUUUCCUUCAGUUUUUUCUUGGACUAAGGUGAAACCGCUCAAAACGUAAGCCGUAAUAAAUACGCUUUCAAGAACACGUUAAACUUUUAAUCCUGGAUUAUCGCCGACCGCUUUUCGAACAACUGUGCAUAGCUUUUGAACCGAACCGUUGAUCCAAGCUAAACUCAUACAAAACAUUGUCUUCUUCAUCCUUUCGAUCCCAAGAUUUAAAAGUUAAAUCUCAACAGAUGACUACCAGACGCUAUUCUGGUGAAUUUGGUGUUUGGCGCUAUGAAUAUAGCUCCUAGUAAAUAACUUUUUUUCGUUCUUGUAACUUACUGCCCCCGGGCGAAGUCAGGAUUUUUCAAAGGGGACUCGUGCUGUGUUUAGCAAAGGGUACUCACUCAACGCCGUGUCUAAUUAUGGUGUCAAAAAAUUCUUGCAAAGAAAGGAUGUUGCUGCCUGGUAGUAUAUUGAAAUUGUCGCAUGCCACAAGGCACAGGUUCGCUAAUGACAUCACCCACAGUUUGAAAAACACACCUUGUAACCCAGAUCGUCAUUCCUGAUCUAUUGCGUCUUUUUUCAAAGGUGGUUUAUUGUACACGUGUCUUUCGUGGAGUUUGUCAGAGAAACCCUUUCCGUUGAGAACAUCGGACCCGUGCCCCCUCCUGUGAUGCUACUCAGCGACGGAGGCCACAUGGAAAAUACCGGGAUUCUACCAUUAUUAAAGAAAAAACUCAAGAAAAUUGUUAUAGUGAAUGGUGGUUACACCUCUGAUGAGAAGAGGUAUGGAGAUGACCUUCUGAAAGCACUGAUGCUCGCUCGUACCGAGCUAAACUGUUCGUUUAUUGGCCAGGGAGGUCGUGACGUCAUUUCAGACCUGUUAGACACCUUCGUAAAACCAAAUAAACCGGAUGAAAGGAAACCAAGAUAUUACAGGUAUGUAUUUUCUCAUGCACCAAUUUUUUUUAUCUUCGAUAGUAAGAAAUUGUCUACAUGGGGAAUGUGUCCAUAACUAACAGAAAAAAAACUAACAUCCUGGAAGAGAAGAGUUGUGUCAGGUAGAAGAAUUUUUCAUUAUAGUAAGAAAUUCAAAAUACAUUGAAAUCCUUGUAUCUCGAUCCUUCUCCUACUCCUCUUCUUUUAGGGACCAAUCAGUUGAUGUGGGCUCGAGAUAUUCAGGGUAUAUCAGUGGUAUACACUGUUUCAAGUCUAAUGUAAGGGAAGAUAUGGCCUCAAGUUUGUGAUGGCAAGACUCCACCGUUGUCAAUAGCAGUCUAGCGGCUCGUUCUUUAUAGCUUGAAAGGCAUUAAAAGGCAUUGAAAGGCAUUGGGCCACGAGCAUUUGUUCAGUAAUCAAUUCAAUUAGAGCUUCAUUAGUUGCUGAUAACUUACUUUAUCCUCGUGGCCUAAAUGUUUGAUUCAGGAGUGAUCUUGUAAGGUUGAAAUUAGGUGCUAGUCACUCUUAGAGGUUAAUCCAUAGAGUUCCUUUGAUUCAAUGGAGGUUGUAUGAGCUCUUCAAAUUGACUAAAAGCAUUCAUUCUUUUCUGCUUAGAUUUAAAGUUGAGUACUACAAAGAUGACGGUGGCAGAGAUGGUGAAGGUGAAAUUAUGAUGAUAAGGCCACGAGGUCCACGCAAAGGUGAUCAAAGCGAGGUCAAAACCUGGGAAGAAUUUGGUUUUAAUCUGGAGCCGAAUGACUGGGGAAAUAGUCCGUAUUUGACUGGGGAGGAAGUCGAUAAGUUGACCUUCUGUUGCUGUGAGUGCUGCAACAAAAAGUCCUGCCUAAGCGGUUUGUCUGAGCUCCUCUGUGACAGGUUCCCAAACACCUCUACUGCCAAUCAAUUUUUCACACCCUUGCAAUUCUCCGCCUAUCAUCGUGAAGGUUACCGAGCAAGCGUUGAAGCGCAAGCCGCUGAAUUUCUCAUGGAGGACCAUGAUGUCCAAGAAGUAUGA